GCUUCCGUGUUUAGGCUUAAGCCUGUGAACAGCGUGGUCUCUAAUACUGACAUUUUUAUUCCUGGCUUUUUUUCCUUAUAUGAAGAUGUUGAUCUACAAAAGAUGAAUGAUGUUAAGUUUGAUGUCAGUAAAGUUCCUCUGGAGUCAGAGAGGUUUCACUGAGUGGAAAAGAAGAGGAAUAAUAAUAAUACAGCAGGCUCUGCUGCGGGUGUCGUGUGGAAGUGGAGGUGUAGGUGGCGCACCCGCUUCUCCUGCAGACUGCGAGGUUACAGCAGAGCAGGCGGUGAACGUGUGGACGCAGUACUUCCAACAGCAUGGAAUCUCUGAGGCGCUUCUCUCCUCAAGCUACAUCAUAGCUCAUGUCCUGGGAAAGAAAACUCUGCAAAGUGUGGAGAGGAGAAGGCUCCAAGAAAGACUGACUGACAAAGAGAGAGAGAAAGUGUGGGCGCUUUGUUCCAAGCGUCUGACGAGGAUGCCGGUGCAGUAUGUGAUUGAGGAGUGGGACUUCAGAGAUCUGACGCUGAAGAUGAGACCUCCAGUGUUUAUUCCCCGCCCGGAGACAGAGGAACUGGUUAGUUUGGUGUUAAAGGAUCUGCGGUCACAGUGGGGAAUGAGAACUUUGCGAUGCUUGGAGGUGGGAUGUGGAUCAGGUGCCAUCUCUCUGAGCCUCCUGCAUAGUGUACCCCAGCUCAAGGCAGUUGCAUUGGACCAAAGCCAGGAAGCAGUGUGUCUCACUGAGGAAAAUGCAGGCAGACUGGGGCUGCUGGACAGACUGAAAGUUUAUCAUUUAGAUAUUAUGAAGGACGCUGAUUUGACACUGAGAAGCUGCGGUCCUGUCGAUGUAAUUGUUAGCAACCCUCCGUACCUGUUUUCUCAGGAUAUGGAAUCUCUGCAGGAAGAAAUACUCAGGUUUGAAGACCACACAGCGCUGGAUGGAGGUUUGGAUGGGAUGUCAAUAAUCAGACAGAUUCUAACUCUAGCACCAAGACUCUUAACAGAUGAAGGUCGUGUGUAUCUUGAGGUGGAUCCACGCCAUCCUCCACUCAUAAAGUGUCUGCUAGAGGAAAGCAUGCUGGGAUUGCAGUAUUUGGGAUCACACAGUGAUUUCACUAACAGGUUGCGGUACUGCAUUCUACAGAAGAGCAGAUGAACUAAAAGAGGAACCUGUGGCAUUUGAGAGUGACAGCACAUAGCUUGAGCGAAAGCUGAUAUGGAAGUGAUGGCCAAACGACACACGUGAACAACCGUAUUGUGUGCCGUUUUGCCAAAGAUUAUCGCUUACAAUUCACCUCUUAUCGAUGCCUACUGGCCAUCUGUGGCGUUUACGGCGUGAUUUUUAAUCCUGAAAUGGAUUUAGCUGGAAAGGAAGACCUGAAAAAAUGCCUUCUCAUCAGUUUCUCAUUCACACAGUGUUCUUGUAAAUGUUAAAAUAGCCCCUAAAAUAACACACUGUCAACUGUUCAGCAUUUAGUUUUGAAGGUGUUUCCAUGCGCAUAGGAUUAUUCGUUUAAUAAAACAGUCUCAAAUUUG